GUCUCUCUCUCAUGCACGUAACUGCCAAGAACUGUCGGCAGAAAAGACAGAAAACACCGAGCUGCUAUAAAUCAGCAAGUCCCCUGCACCCUCGUUCUUACAAGGCCUCCAUUUGCAAAGGCCGAUGCGUGGGCUUUCAAACGACAGGGUGGGGUGUGUGGGUUUGUGGAAGGCAAAAGCCUUCGACUCCCAAUCUUGCUAUUCUCCUGCGCCUUUUCUGCGUGGGUCGUUCUGCCCGGGCUCCCCGCCUCCCCAGCCACGCGAAAGCCCCGAGGCGCUUCGGCCGAGCCUGGGUGCGGCUCCUUUGCAGAGACUCGAGGCGAAGCGGCGGCGGAGGGCGGGCUUCGGGGCCGGGCUUGUGCUGACGUUGCCCCCCAUGAUGCCGCUGCCGCCGCCGCCGUCUCUCCGCCUUCCCUUCCGCGAGCAAAGCAGGCCCGGGUCCGUCGCCAGCUGCUGAGAAGCGCUUUGCAUUUGCAUUGCGCCUGGAGGAGACUAGAGCCGCUUUCUUUCUCCCUCGGAUCCUCUGUCUCUCCUCUCCGGCGUAGAGGGAAGGGGUCCCGCCACCAUGACCGCGUCCAUGAGGCAGAGGUUCGACAAGUUCCUGCACGAGAAGAACUGCCUAACAGCCGUGCUGGAAAAAAUCGAGAGCAGGACUGGCGUGAACAGGUCCUUCAUCGCCAUUGGUAAGGAGCGGCGUCUCUUCUCCGUGAUGCCGUCUCUCUUUUUUUCCUCCCUCUGUUCCAAAACCUCCGCUGCGACCCGCGCUGUUCUCCCCCCUCCUCCACCCACAAGGAAACAUCACGUCGACAAGGGCCAUUGUGAUCUUGCGAUGUUCUCCAAAACGAUGAAACUGGAGGUUGUUUCUGAAAGGGAAGAGAGGAAAGAAGCCCUUUUGUUUUGUUACGGCCCCGACGGCCCUGCAUUUAUUUAUUUUUAAUCCUCUCGUUUGUUUUGAAGCGUUUGCAUCUGGCAUCUCAACGCCGAUUCAAACGCCAAAAUGCAAAGCAGCCCGUAAAUGUUCUUAGCACUGAAACAGACGCUUUGCAUAAUAAGGGAGUAUCUAGUCCCCCCCCCACGCAUUCUCCACCCUAGCUUGCUUCGCAAUAAUGAGAGUGAAAGCUGCGUUUCGGAGCCCCCCCCCCCCAGGAUGCCAGGGGUCCUGGGUUGUGGGGAGAAGAGAUUCUGGGCCUCUAAUUGCAAUUAGAGAUCAUUCUAGACAAGAAUUUCAAAAAGAAUGGGGGAAAUGCAGAGAAUACUUCACAAAACAGUGCCCUAAAAUUCACACCUGGACUUGUUUCGAUUAACGUCUGCAGGAGACUUUGUGGCUAUUUAAGUUAUAAUUAGAAAAAUCUUAAUAAUUAUUCAUAAAGGAAACAGCUUAUAAGAAGUAAAUAAGGAUGCCAGAAAUAGGAUAAAGGAAGUCUUUUAUUUGGUUGUUUGUAUUGUUGUAUACUAUGCUUGUUGUUUGUUAUGGUUGUGUCUGAUGGGGGUGGAUUUCUGUGUUGGGGGGGGGGUUGUGUUACGUUGUAAAUAAAAUUUCCAAUAAAAAUUUAUUUAAAAAAAGAAGAGGAGAUUCUGGGCCUCGGCACCUGCCUCUCUCCCUCUCCCUCUUGGGCGACAUUUAUGGCAGGAGAAGGCGCAUAUUAGGCACCGUGUCCAAGGAGGGGGGGGAGCAGGAGGUGGUGCGGGAGUCUCAGCCCUUGGGAUUGAAUGUCCAGCAGCAGCCGCCGUAAAACGGGCUGGUCUCAGGUUACAACAGCCCAGCUCCUUCCCCCGCCUCCUGCUUCAUCUCUCUUGCUCUUAUGCCGUGUUGGUAAAAAAAAAACAACCCACCACCACCAGAUUUUUGUAUGUAUUACUGUGCCCCGACAGAAGCAGGAGGGGGAACCCCAGCCCUACUUUCGAUGCCUUUGGAGGGAAAUUACUGGUGCCUUCUGAGAAAUUCGGGGGAGGAGGAGGAGGGGAAGAAAGAGAAAGAAACUCCCACAAGAUGGUUAUUGACUAGCUGACGUGUCUGGGCUGGACUAAGUAUCGCUUUGUGUCUCGGAUCUGCCAUGUACCCUUUCAGUAUCACAGGUUAGCUUCUCCUGCCACCCCCAUGAGGGUUAAACUUCACGGUAAACAGCGGGCAGGAUGUGGUGCCCCAGUUCUCCAGGCUUGCGUUGGGGGCUGUGGUGGUUGUGGGUUGAGCCCCGUGGAAGGAAUUCAUCAGUUUCCUUCCCGCCUCAGCAGCCCUUAAGGAAACUUCCAUCUUUAUAUAACUCAGCCUUUGCUUUAUUGUGUGCCUAGGGAGGGCUCCUCUCCGCCCCGACUGACUUUCUGCUUUCUUUCUCAGCCAUUGGUGCCGCGCUAGCCAUCUAUCUGGUGUUUGGUUAUGGAGCGUCCCUCCUUUGCAACUUGAUUGGGUUCGCUUAUCCUGCAUACAUCUCGUAAGUUGUUCGGAGAGAGAAGCCUCUUCCUCUUUCUGUGUAAUGGAACUGCAUGUUGAAACUGAUAACUUUGGAGAGGGUGGGCCAUGUGCUACCGAUUUCCUUUCCUCCUCCCUCCCUAUUUUUUUUUUUUUUGCCAGUUGCAAGUGGCUGCCAAACCUUCAAGGAAUUGUUUUGGGUUUUUUCUUAAGGCAAUUUCAGAACUUGCCAGGCCCCUCCCUGGAUAGGGCUACAGCAUCCUUAGAGCUUACGGUAGUAGUGAGAAGCUUCUGCCUCACUCAGUAGGCUGACCCUCAACUCCCAAUCUUGCCAUUGCCCUGUGCUGUAGAAUCAGAACUCACUGGAGUCGGAGGAGUCAGCAGAUGGACUGUGACGUUGUGGGUGAUGGGUUUGCACGAUUUAGGCAUCUUAAGGCCACAAAAGGUUUUGGAAAUAAUAGAACUCUGUCUGGAAGGAAAGGUUACCUUAACAAUUUCUGUUGCAAUGAAAAUUUUGGCUCUGUGCCCUGAAAUGUUGAUGAUGUCACUUUGAAACUGUGGGGGGGGGGGUAUUUGAGCAAAUGUGUGGGCCUCCUCUUUUUUAAAAACAAGAGAGACGUUUCGAUCCAGCCAAAGUUAAGCAAUUAUUUCAGGGUUUUUUAGACUGUCUUCCCCUUCUUUACAAGAUGUAGCCUUAAUACACAUAAGAACAGGGCAUUUUGUUGGCUGCUGCAACAUUGGGCUCAUCUAAUGGGAACUUGACCAAAGGCUGAAUGUUAACAACUGGUAUGGAUUAGGAUGAGAGCCGCGCCUUAAACGUGAUGGAAAAGACUGCAGUUUCGCAAUCUUCUUGUGAAACGAGCACUGCGUUGGGAAAGGCUGGUGAGAAUUUCACAUGUGAGUGCCCUGUCUUAAGUGCACCUGUAUGUUCUGGAAAAGCUAAAGUGCUUUCUCACAUCCCUCGACAUCAAGUGAGAACUUGUAGGUGUGAACUUGCCAGCACAGAUCAAAGAGAGCUUUCCUCAUUAGCCUUGCAUCACUUCUCAGACAACUGAACUUGGGUAAGACAACAUGGGUCCAUGUGUUCUCUCUUCACAACCCCCCACCAACCGGGAUAAUAGCACUAUUGCUAUAGAUUUAAGUUUAAGAAAUCACAUAAUGGGGAAAGUUAAAGCCUUCCACCCGCACUGUGGUCAGUUCAGAUCCUCUAGCCCAGCCGCUUUUAACAACAACAAAGAAGACAGCAUAGAAUAAGAGAAUUUUAGAGCAGGAAAGGAUGAUCCUAGUUAUUUCUGUGAUUGACUCGUCCAUGCUUUGCAGGACCAAACAGUUUUUAUGUUGUCACUUUGACAAUGUGAAGAUAACUGCAAAUAGCUCGCCGGAGUCUUGCAACAUGGUUUGCUUCAUCUUGGGAGUUGCAUAGCAGAAGUCUGUGGAAAGUGUUCUCUUAUGGUGAGACUCUGCUAAUCUGGUUACCUUCCAGCACAUCUCCCUGGGGUUUCAGACACUUUAUGUAACAGACAGGACUAAAAUUCUCUCUCUUAAAACUAGGCAGGUGGCCAUAUGUGGCCAUAUGUUGUCCGCUGCUGCUGUAGACUGCAGUGAGCUAAAUGGAUCGAUGGGCAGUAUUCUAAGCAAUCUAAGCAGAACACUGUCUAAGCAGUGUUCGAAACUCCCAUUGUUCUAGGCGCAUUUUGCGACAGGGAAUUUCAUUAGCGUGAGCAGUUUCUGAGCUGUGGCCGCAGUACUGUGCCUAAGAUUUCAGAUUAAAACUGCAGAGUGGAAGGAAAAGAGGGCCUUUUUCUGCCUCCCCACUUCCAGCUACUCUCUGAAGACUGGAGGAGAGACCCUCUUAAGAAUAUUAGGGGGGAGAACAGGGGAAGGACUAGACCAUGUGCAAAAUGAACAUAAUAUUUUAGCUGCAAUUUAUUCAUUUUCAGAUUUGUAUUCUUGUUAUUAAAAAAACACACCUGGACAUUCCGUUGGUGCACCUAGGUUGAAGGUGCCAUUUAGCUCCCAGCUUUCAUAUCUCAGUUUCUAACACUGUGCCUAAGGCAGAUGCCAGUGCCAGAGAAUUACAGAUCAUGCAGGUCAUAUCCACAUAUUAUAUUUAAAACACAUGGCUCCCCCCCCCCCCCAAAAGAUACUGGGAACUGUAGUUUAAAGGUCUCUUAGAGGUAAACUAUAGUUCCAAGGAUUCUUUGGGAGAAGUCAUGUGUUUUACAUGUAUGGUAUGUGGGGGGGGGCACAGUCUUAAUAGAGGUAGGUUCAUACCUUCCUCUUCUGCCUUCUAUCUUAUUUUCCUAGGUACUAUACUGCAUUCUGCUCUUGUGGUCAGGUGCUAAAGCUGUUAGCCAACAGCACAGACAUCUCCCAUGCUGCAUAUUUUUAUUCAUUGUUGGACUUUUCAGGUUCCUUCUCACCUCAUUGUGAAUAAUUGAAUUAUAUUGGUGACCAGCGUCUCUGUACAAGGCAAGGCCAAAAGGCGAAUUAAGUUGGGAAACCCUGUCCCACUGGUUUAAUUUUGUAUUUCUAUAACACAUGUAUUGUCAUAAGACUGAACUUUGUGGAUUUCCAGACACUCUGGUAAAUCACUUUCCAUUAAUUGCAUCAGCCUUCUUUUUCUUUUCUUAGUAUUUCUGGGCUCUGCCUAAAUAACUGGGCAAAACUGAAAGUAGUUGAAAGUUCAUUUAGCAUCUCAAAGGUAUUUGAAUGUUUAUGACCUACAUAGAACACCAGAGGGAAAAUAUGCGUAGAUUAAAUAUAAGUAACAGUAAAAAGAAAGAAAGAAAAGUGGGUCAGAACACUAGAGGAAAAAGGGAUUCCUACUUGGCUUUGCAAAAGGGCUGUGAAUGAAUGUAGUCGUGUAAAUUCUGGAGCAUUUCUGUGGCAAACUCCGUUUAGAAACAGCACAUGUAGAUCCACAAUUAUUCCUGUAGGUUGGGAGAGGACAGAAGGAGUCUAUCACGUCUGUUACCCUGCUUUUUCUCCCAAGGAUAAGGUUACCAGAUUUUUUUCAAUGAAUCUGGGGACACUUUUCAACUUCCUACUAAAUAGAUGGACUUUGUCAGGGGACUGAUUUGUAAAUCCGGGGACUGUCCCCGGGAAACGGGGAUGUCUGGUAACCUUUCCCAAGGAGCUCUUCAUAACCAGCUUAAUAAGAAAAGGUCCACAGCACCACCCAGAAUGCUUGCUGUGACAGUGCCCUUUUCAAUGGUGAGGAGAGGAGUCCUGGCCUUUAUCUCCUGCUUGGAAGUGGAGUUUUAUUUUUUUUUUUUAAAGCAAUUUAUUGGAUUUUACAAUAAGAAUAAGUGUAAUAAACAAUAUAACAUUCGUCUUAACAUAAUUUCACAUUUUCUUUGGACUUCCUCACACCUCCCGCUCCCACCUUCAUCAUUAUAACAUUUUGUCAGCAAUUUAUCAUCUUAUUUAAGUUCUUAUAUCUCUUUGGUAUUUCAUAAUCUUAAAGUUCUCAUAAAGAGUUAAACUUUCACAGUUUUUCUUACUUUCUUAAAAACUACUAAGUUAAGUGGUGCUCAGUUAUUUAGUCUAGCAUCUUAUUCAGCAUUCAGUCAAAUCACAAUGUUUUUGUAGAUAGUUCUUAAAUUUCUUCCAAUCCUCCUCGAUUCUCUCUUCUCCCAGGUCACGGAUUCUGCCAGUCAUUUCAGCCAGUUGCAUAUAGUCUAUCAGUUGCAUCUGCCAUUCUUCCAGUGUGGGUAGAUCUUGAGUUUUCCAAUGUUUUGCGAGUAGUAUCCUUGCUGCUGUUGUUGCAUACAUAAAAAUGUCUGGUCCUUCUUUGCCACCCCUUGGCUGACAAUACCCAAAAGGAAAGCCUCUGGUUUCUUAGUGAAAGUAUAUUUAAAUACCUUUUUCAAUUCAUUAUAAAUCAUUUCCCAGAACGCCUUCACUUUAGGGCAGGUCCACCAGAGGUGAAAGAACGUUCCUUCACACUCUUUACAUUUCCAGCACUUGUUAUCAGACAGGUGGUAAAUUUUUGCGAGUUUGACUGGGGUCAUAUACCAUCUAUAAAUCAUUUUCAUUACAUUUUCUUUCAAAGCAUUACAUGCUGUGACAGUGCCCUUUUCAAUGGUGAGGAGAGGAGUCCUGGCCUUUAUCUCCUGCUUGGAAGUGGAGUUUUAGAGGCUGCAUCACAACUGGAGGGAGGAUCCCUGUCAGUUUGCAUUUCUUAGUUCAGAAAGUAUUGAUCUCAUCUGUAAAGAUCUUUCCUAUUCUUUUCUAGUCUGAUUAAUACAAGAAGCUACUAGAUGAUUGUUUGGGUUAUAUCUUCUGGGAAGCUGCUUUGAACUGGUUCUCAUAUCUCUAUUCUGCAGAGUCGUGCUGACUAUAAAUAUAGGCCAAAAGGACCCUGGGUCUUUACUUUUCUCCUUUCUUUCUUUCUUUCUUUCUCUCUCUCUCUCUCUCUCUCUCCCUCUCCCUCCCUCUCUCUCUCUCUCUCCUUCUCCGUUCCUUCUGGUGUGGUGUUUCUUAGUGUUAAGGUUUAGUCUUAUUCUGAGUUAAGUUUAUAAAUGCUGCAACUGGAUUUUGUAUGGACUGAGCCAAUCCUGAUUGUAUUGGAUUUGAUAACCAUUACGCUACAUUUGCCUUCAGCACAAGUAAAGCUCUGCUGAAUGAAGUUCUAUUGCCUCUGGUCUAUUUUUGGGAACUCUCUAACAUGUUUAAGGUUUUCCUCCACAUGUAUGAUGACAUAUGACAAUCCCACCCCUUGCUUCAGCUUGCUCCUUGGGGUUGGAUGACAGAGGUGCUUGGGGCACCUUGGCCACCCAGCACCAAAACAAACACCAGCCUUUCCUUUUAGCUCCAGAGAGAAAAGCCUUGUCUACUCCGAGUUCCUUGCCCACCCAGGCAGUGGACCCACUCAAUGCCUCGUCUGCCCACUGCAAACGUAAGCCCCUGCUGCAAACGCGGGAGCCAGGAAAAUGUGUGGGAAUCAACUGAAGCUCAGUGUAACUGCAAGGACUGUCCUUUUCCAGAUCCUUGCUAGAAGCUGGGGGAAGGGAGCAGGACUCAUUCAGAGGUGUUGCAUAAGGUUAGGAACAAGGGGCCACUUGUGGCUUUUCUACUAAAUUGUAGCUCAUCUAUGAGGCUAGCCAAAAUGUGUGGACCAUUGUUUAUCAGGUAGAUUAGGCUGAGUGUGUGUGAUUAUCCCUGGGUCACCUUUACCACACUAUUUGAGUCACUCUUGUGACUUUGCCUCCUUGUCCACCGUGCUGGGUGGUGGGGAGUAAAUGCCUUGUAGGAAGGACUUGUAGGGAAAGCCAGCUACCCUCUGUCUCUUUCUUGCAACAGAAAUUUAUUCCGUGCUUUUCAGUGCUCUGCUGUUGAUUUGCAGUAUUCUCAAGUCAGCCAGAAACCGUUCCACUAAGUUCACUGUGUCUCUAGCAAAACAGCAGCUACCCAUAAAAGUCCAUGGGCUGAUAGUGUCCCAUGCUUAUGUGGCUUUUCGUGUUAGGCUGCAUCAAAGCUUCUUUGAACCUGGUUAUUAAUUUCCCUGUCCAGUAAAAGCAAGAAUGUUUUUGCCUAAUUCCACACCUCAGGCAUUGUCUUCAUCUGCACAUCAUGGUAAACCGGGUGGCUGGGGAAUCUCCAGUCCAUGGGCCUAAUCCAGUCCACCAGCUCUCCUCAUUUUACCCACCAGGAUAUUUUUAAGCAAGCUGCAGCCACCUGUCCUACAAUUAAUGUCACCAGGUGUAGGGAGGCAAAGGCUGGGAUGGCUUGGUUGACAGGGGCCCUGCAGGCACUGCCGGCCAGCUGUCUGCCGGCCACCUUGGAAGCACUGUGCAAAGGGCUUUCUGAGUCCUGCAUUCAGUGCCUCCUUUGGAAAGAAAGAAAAAAUUCCUUCUUUGUUCGACAUGGCAUUCGUUUCUUUCCAAACCCACUGAAUUGGCAACUUGACUGAGUUCCCCAUGGGAAACUUGAUCGUAUAGCUGAUCCUUGCAGAAAGCAGCUCUGUGGUUGGUGCUCAGCUGAACAUAGGGCUUCCCAGGCACCCAACAAUCAAUCAGCUACUGCCUGUCAGCUGAUAGGCGGUAACUGGAAGCCCACUGGAUCAGUUGCACAAGGACACUGUUGCAAAGACAAUCCCUGAAGCAGGCUUGGAGUUACUGCCUGUCAGCUGAUGGGCGGUAAAUCUAGGCCUCACCGGUGCUUCAAAGCACUAUGCAGGGUUAUUUGCAAACACUGAAUGGUGCUUUGACGUCCCUGUGCUGUAGAUGAUUAUCUUCUGGAAAUAAAUUUGACAGGUGGCUGGCCUCAUGUUCUGUAACCAAUGUUUGUUCUUGGCUUACUUGUAAUUUGUUUGAGAGAAACGAACCAUGAUCCCAGACAGAGAUUCUCACCAGGGAUCUCCUCAUCCAGCAGGGAUCUCCUUACCCACAAUAAUACAAUGUCUCACCCACAAUAAUAAUUCCUGGUUUGGACAUAAUUGCUAAGCCAGAGACAGUGGCAUGUUUUUCUCUGUGUGGUAGCAGGACGGGGCAGAUCAGCCCAGAUCAAUGUGUUCACAGUAACCAUUAACUACGGUUUACCCCAAUGUGCAAACUGGGUAAGGAUCGAAAGGGGAGCUCUGUUUGUUUGUGCCUGUUCAGUGUGCUGAAGUCUACGUAUGGUACUGGAAAAUUUGACAACAGUCUUCAAACUUGCCUUACCUAAAGUGAGAAAAAAUGGCCUCCAUGGUGGAUCACCAAUCUUAUAAUAAAACACAUGGCUGUGAUUUUUUCCAGAUGAAAGCCUGCAUCAUGCUCUGCUUCCUCAUAUACGUUGCUACAAUCCAGCCUUCCCCAGGCAGGUGCUCUCUAGAUAUUCUGGACUGCUGCUCCUAUCAGCCCCAGCCAGUAUGGCCAGAGGUUGGGGAUGGUCAGAAGUGAAGUCCAAAACAUCUGGAAGGAAUUAGGUUCGGAAUGGAUGCUAUAGUUUAAGUAACUACUUGACAUUAAAAACAAGCCUGCAAUUAUAAGGCAUUGCAUCAUAAUGUUUGGGCACAGCCCAGCUUUCAGUCUACUCUGCCUUCUUAGAGAUCAUAAUAUAUACAAUAUAUUUGCUUUGGGCACACUGGAUAGUUGUUCUCGAGUGUCAAGUUGUUAGAACAGUGUGACAAUUUCAACUCAUCUUUUCAAGAAACCUGCCAAUAAAUCUAGGUCAGUGAGAGUCUUUUAAUUUGAAUUUCAAAAUCUCCCCACCCCAAGGCCUCCUGAACACAAUUCAGCAACCUCCAAUUUAUAUUCUCAUUUGCUCAACCAAAUUAGGUUUUGCAUAUUGUGCUUGGUACAUUCAGCCCCAGUGAAAAACCAGUGAAAUUGGUUCGGGAUAGGAUUAUCUCUCCAUAGAGCUGGAGGUAUAAAUUGACAGCUUCAGCAAAGUCCUGAUUCAGCAGAUCUCUACCUGGGAGAUUUAGGCACUUAAAAUGGAAGAAAAUGUUUCUUUGGCAAACAUAUUAAAACUGAUUCCGUGGCAACCACUUCUUGCCCCAGGUCAGCAGUCAAGUGGCUUCACUUCAAAGCAUUUUUGACCCAUCCCAUUUUUACUGAGCUGGUGGGAAAAUCCUCCCUCUGAUCACUCUUUCAAGACAUCACUAAAAUAUUAUUCCUUAUCUACAUUAGUCAUAUCUUGGGGACAGAAUAAAAGAGUGUGAUGGUACUUGCCCAGAGGGUGGGGGGAAAGGUCAUUGCACUGCCCUUUAUCAUCUUACAGCAGGAAAGAUUAUGACGGGGUGUGUCUGUUAUCCCAGAAGCACUGGAACUUAAACAUUUCUUCCCAGUUGCAGAGUAGAAAUUUAGUGUCCAGAUGUGUUAUUCAUUCUCUCUUCUCCCCCUCCUCCCCCCAGAACAAAACCUGUUCUUCUAGUUUCCAACUUCUGUUGUUUUUGAAGUGCUACAUGUUUCUGUAGGUCAAACAUAUAUAUUACAAGUCGGUUUCAGAGUCUCUUCAAAUCUUACCUACCCUUCUGGUCCAUCAAGGGCAGGUGUUUACAAGUAUUCGCUGUGUUCAAAUAUACCUUUCGGGCGGGGGGAUGGGGGAGAUGGCAAGAACUGGGAAAAGUUUAUGAUUGGAAAGCAGUAACAAGCAAACACCUGUAGAAAGCUCUUGUGGCAGAAAGCUCUUGUGUUGUUUGAAGCAGAAAAGCUGUUCUGACAAGAUGGCCAGAGGCAACUGACAGCUGCCUCACCAAACUCCCACGCCUACAUUUAUCUUAAUACAACAGGCAACAGGAAGCAGCCUAAGAAAAACUAUAUGGUGCAGCUACACGUUUAGUCUUUAAACCAUUUUCUGGAGUGUCACAUUGAUUUAGAUAAAUCUCAGCACCACCACAUCCCCAAAAUCCUAUUGGCUCACUCCAGUUAGGUGCAAGUCUUUUUCCUGUAUCCUGGUAGGAAUUUUGAAUUUCGAAACAGCUUGAUUUCACUUUGCACUGGGUUUUCAUAUCUAAUGGAUAUGCAAAUGGCAUAAUUACAGGCUUUGUCUGGUCUUGAAAAAGAACAGUGUUUUCCAACAGAAUAACUUAGUAUAAGUGAUCAUUAAAAUAAUUAUUCACAUUUAAGAGGCAGCAGCAGCAGCAGUUUUGGUUUUGACAGCGUAUAAUGUGAGUGGUUCUUAAUAGCUCUUGAUGUUUCAUAAUCCACCAAGGUGUUUGGUAGCCUUUCAAUAUAAUGGGGAGGGAGUACAUUCUCAAUGGGCUUCCUGCAUCUGAGCUUUUCAGGGAGCCUCCUGGGCUGUGGACCCCCUGAAGUUUGUGAAACAUGUGGAAUCUACCCUUGCUCAAAGUGUGUUUUAUCUUCAUGGUAUCACUGGAACUUCUGAAUGUUCUUAAGUGUACAACUUUGCUACCUGAUCAUGUGUAUAGCUAAACUGGUGCACACAGUAGCUUAUACCACCACGACCAUAUCACUAUCGUGUGCCUCAAACAGGAUGCCACCUCCCCAAACCACCUGCAAGACUAUGCCAGCCUUGGAGCCGGCAUAACGUAUCCCCACUGCCCCAGGCUGCCAUAGAGAAAAAGAAAAAGAUGCUUCCUCCAUGUUCUGCCAACAGGGUUUAAAAAGUGAUAGUUCGCUGCUACAUUAUUUUACCGCCACCAUUUAGGAUUGUUUUUAGGAUUGUUACUAGCAAACCAGAUUUUGGUGGGAAAUUGAUGUAGAGUGCGUUUAGUUUUGCAGCCCAUUCGUAUCCCUAGUACGGAUGUUAUAGAAGAUUGUAGCUGUAACUGUAAAGAUAAUGCUAAAAAAGGAAACCUAGGGCAGCUGCUUUGCCUGCGAGCACUCAGUUUGUGAACUGCCCCGAGAUCUACGGAUGAAUUGUGGUAUACAAAUUUAAUCAACAGCAACAACUGGAGUAGAUCUGUGACCAUGUGUGUAUGUGUUGUAGAGGGAAUGAGCUGACUUACCCUUUUAAUGUUUUUCUUUCAGCAUCAAGGCUAUUGAAAGCCCUAACAAAGAUGACGACACACAGUGGCUGACCUAUUGGGUUGUGUAUGGCGUCUUCAGCAUAGCGGAAUUUUUCUCUGACAUCUUUCUCUCCUGGUUCCCUUUCUACUACAUGAUUAAGGUAUGUUUCCUUGUACCCUCAACUGUAGCCUGCAGUGUGUUGUCAGCCUACAGAAUUUACUGCCACAAGAGGGUAGUGAUAGCCACCAGCUUGGAUAGGUUUAAAGAGGAGAAUAAGGCUCUUAAAGGCAACAAACCAUGAUGGUUGUGUUCUGGCUCCAUCAUCGGCUGUGUGCUUCUGAAUACAAGCUGGAGAUCACAAGCAGGACAAAUGCUGUUGCACUCAGCUUCCGAUUGUGGGCUUCUCAUUGGGAUAUCUGGCUGACUACUAUGAGAACAAAAGGUUAUAGACUAGAUGGGCUGUUGGUCUGAUCCAAGAAGACUCUUUUCGGUUCUUACGUUUGGCUUUUAAAGUCCAUGAUGCAGGCGCUUCUUUUAUACCAUCUGCCGUGCAGACAUACCAAUGUAUUCCCCAGGUUUUAAGAAGCGACCUACUGGAUCAGAGCAAAAGGCUGUCUAGAGCAGCAUUCUGUCCCCCACAGUGGCCACAGAGCUGCAUCUAGGAAGCAUCUUACAAGCAGGGUGUGAAGGAAGGAGUCUUCUCCUGCUAGUGCUUCCCAGUAACUAAUAUCCAUAAGCACAUGGUCACUGGUCUUGGAAGUUUCAUAUAGGAUUGAACAGGCAUGCUUUCCGCUUAUUGGCUUCAGCAUAGGACUGUGACCUGUUCAAAUAACUCUUAGGUGCAUGUUGCACUAAGUGUCAUUUGCAUGGGUUUUCAAAUGUGAACCACACAUGUAGUCUUUAUACAGCACUUUAGAGUUUUCAAAGUGCUUCAAAUACAUUAUCUUACUGCAAUCCUUACAACAGCCCUGUAUUUUGGGGAGGGGGGUGAAGCAGAGGCACCAGAGGUGAACUAGAGGGAUAUGCUUAUGGUCAUCUAUUGCCAUGGCAGAAGUGAAAUUCAAACACGGAGACUCUGGAUUUAUAGCUCUGUGUCUUAGAUCAUAUGCUAUACCAGCUUGUCCUGACAUGAGCAUUACAGAUCUUUCUAUGCCACUAAUGAUAGGCAGUGUGAUAAAAUCUGGUUGGUUUCCUGAUUCUUUCCUUCCCCCCCCCCCCCCCCUAUUUUUUUGCAGUGUGGAUUUCUGGUAUGGUGCAUGGCUCCAAGUCCCUCAAAUGGGGCAGAGCUGCUUUACCACCGAAUUAUCCGCCCCUUCUUCCUGAAGCAUGAGGCUCAGCUGGAUAAUGUAGUAAAGGAUCUGAAAGACAAAGCUUCAGAGACAGCAGACACCAUUACUAAAGAAGGUGAGGUCUAUAGGGCCAGUAUAUUCCAAUAUUUUUUCUGCCCUGGCUAGACUACUUUGUGGAUAACUGUGAAUAUUUAGCUGGUUUUGAACAAAGGUGGUGGGGGUGGGGGGUGGGGAGUGAUGCGGUGAGAUGUACUAUGGCAUGUGGGUCUAUUUUAUUUGAGUUAAAUCAUACGAUUUACUGCCAUAUUACGUUAAGGAAGAGACACAAUAAAACCCAAGUAGCUCUUGAUGGGAUGUGUCUGUGUUUUCCUCUUUUGACCAUAGUGAGUAGCAUUGGCUUUGACCUGAGCAGUAGAGGCAAGUUUCAUGGACACCUGGGAUUGCAUCAAAUAAGCACCGAAUCAGGUACUUGAUGCUGAAAAUCCCAGCUCAUUUUUCAAAGACAAACAAAGUAUCUAACCCAGGGGAGUGAAGCCCUCCAAAUGUUGUGGACUCUCAUCAGCCACAGCCAGCAUGGCCAAUGGUCAGGAAUGAUGGAAACUCUCGUCCUGACAUCAUCUGGGGGAGCCCAUGAACGUUUGAGUUGCACAGAAAAUACCUUAUGAAAUCUCAAAUAUGGGAGGGGAGAGAAUGUUGGGGUUCAGCAGAAGUCCCGCAGGAUAGGUAUGGUUUCCUCAGCCACCUUGUUGUUCAGCGUGAAUAACAGCAGCAAGAUAAACAAUUCUAUGCAAAUAUAUUUCAUCUGCUUAAUUUAGACAGGUUGCAGAGUUUUUAGCACUGGGCCAUUUAAAAAAUAGCACACCCAUAACUCCGAAUAUUGAUGUGGGCAUUUUCAUAGCUGCGAUAAUUCCAGCUGCUGAACAAUAGUAAUUCAGCAAUGCCAUUAUAAUUAAAGCUCCUUACGAGGCCCUUUGUCUUUGCCAAACAAGAUAUGGUGGGCAUGUACCAAAGAGGGUGGCACCUCUUCUGGAAUGUCCUCCUCAGAGAGGCUUGAGCAACACCUGCAUUGUGAUCUUUUCAGCACCAGGUAAACACCUCUUUGUUUCCCCAGGCUUCCUGAUUUUAAGGGUUGUGGGUUUUUUUAGUGAUCUACGGAUUAUUUGGGAGUCUUACUAAGCUUUCAAGAUUAGCAAAAUUUUGGUGCUGCUGUGAGAUUUUAUCUCUACAUAGAUUUUCUCUCUGCUAUUUUUAUGAUGCAUUGUUAUGGCUCUCUUUGUGCUAAAUUGUUUUACUUUUAUUGUAGCUGGCCAGAGAAAUAUUGUUGUGCGGUAUAUAAAUGCCACUUUCUUCUUCUUCUUUCAGCUAAAAAAGCAACAAUAAAUUUACUGGGCGAAGAGAAGAAGAGCACUUAAAACGGUUAACUGGAAGAUAAGUUUCCUCAUCACUUCCCUUAUGCAGCUUGAUGUUACUGGGGACUGUGAUAUAGUAAUUUGAAUCUUGUUGCCUUGUAAACAUUUUUUUAUUUUAUUAAAGGAAUGUGUUGUAAGAUUGCUUGCUUUUGCAGUUCUCUGUAUUGAAAGUAAGCAUUUUUAUUUAAAACCAGUGCAGUGGGUAGCAUCUAAAGCUUACAGAUUAGUUUAUUCAUCUCCUGAGCAGAGAAGGGACUUUCAAUACUGUCUUGUCUUGCAGUUAACGUAAACUUUAAAUAAAGUAUGCCCCAGGUUCUGACCAUUACACUUUGUUUCUUUGUGCAUGCAAUGUCCAUGGUAAAAGCUCUGUUGCAUAUCUGACAGGUUCCCACUGUAAUGUAGUUUGAUAGCAAAGCAUAAUGACAAAUGCUUUUCAUGCCAGUGUGUUUAUGCAUAUAGAAGGUAAAAAAAUCAAAAAGCCUUAUGUUAAUGUGUAUUCUUACACUCACGCCUCUAACCGUGUUGUAAACAGUGAAGACUGGUUAUGUACGGUGCUGAAAACAAAUAUUCCUUAUUGUUGCACAGACUGCUUGUAACUUGCAGUAUUUCGUCAAGAGUGUGUAUCUAUGGGAAUUGCCCUUAAAACACUGCGAAGAACACUUUGUUGUUUAUGACCAGAGUUGCAAUGGUUGAAUAUACAUACCGAAUGGAUGUAUGUGAAAAGGAAGUGAGAUAAUGAUGCCUAGGUCUGUACACUCAUCUGGGCCUUAUCCUGUGGCCUGUGUGGAAUAGCUGCUCUGCAGUGGAGCCUCCUACUGCUGUUGAUGCACAUGUGUGAUGUACGCUGAAAUAUGCUCAUGAAUAUUUGCAACAACAAAAAACCCCACAAUAACCAAGGUCUCACUAUGUGGCAGCUAGCAGGUGCUCCUGGGCCCUUCUCUAGGCAUUAAAAAGCCUUGCUUGUUUCUUUUUAGUUAAGGAUUGCCAGUGGAACCAAAGGAUGAUGAUGUAUUCUUACAAAGAAAAGCAGGUAGAUUUACACCUAUUGUUAGGGUUACUAAACAUGUGACGGUUUAAAAAAGAAAGAUAAGAAAGCCAAUUGAAGAGUAGUGUCCACAAGAGGCAGACGUUCAAAAAAUACUGAAUAUUUGAAAAAUAUCUAGGAUAAUUUAAAAAGAAUUUAUAGGUAAUGAGACAAAAACGGAAAGCGAUAUUGUGUCUGGGAUAAAUAACACCUAUGUGAAAGAGAAAGAAUGAGGAAAGAAGGUAUCGCAUAAAUAAAUGCUAUCAUUACACAUGAGAUUUUUAAUUGGGAUAGUGGAAGAAGCAAAGCAAGUCACACCAACACUAAGCAGCGAAGUGGUUGCAACAGAAGUCAGUGAACAGGGUAUCUGCCAAAACAGGCCUCUUUAAUAUUUGUAUACGUAUUUAUUUUUUUAAACCGCUGUUUGGACCUGAUUUUAAACCCCAUUUUGGAAAGCACCCUGAUAUACUCUACCAAACACUGUCCCUCUUCAGCAUCCAUUCCUUCCUAUCGGGCUCGGCACAGAGUGUUACUGGUGGUUAUUUGAAAUCUGCUUUGCACGUAAAGUCGAAAGAGCUUCCCUGCAACUUUGUAGAAAAGAAACUAAGAGCUUCCUUGCAACUUUGUAGAAAAGAUACUAAUCAAUACAGGUAAUGCCUGGCUUGGUUCAGUCAAGACAGCCAUCUAGGUUGGCAUUCUGCCUCUACCACGGAACAGCCACAUGCCCUUGCAAGCUUGCCAGCAAGACAGAAUGGUAAUAACCAGCUUCUGCCUAUUUGGUAGCCAGACUGUUCCUGUUACCAAGGUUUCAUUUUUCAAAUGUAAGAUUCAUAACAAGCCUAUUCUCUAUACUAUCAAAGCUAGUGUUCACUACCAUAUCUUCUAAAUAAGUCAACUGCACUGCUUUUCUCUUGGUGACCAAUGUCCGAACGGUAGCACUACUUAAUGCCAAAUCAGCAAUGAGGUAGCGAGAUGUGGAGGGAAAGGACUUGCCCCUUGACUUAACCGAGAUUUAGCAGCAAAGGAAAGCCAGAGUACUGUAUUUUAAACCUUAUGUUUGAUACAAAUGCUUUUGAUGUGCAUCCAAGCAAGCACAUGAUAUACAUAUGUACAGAAUGCAGGUAAAGGGGGAGGUAAUGUGCAUCCCUACAUCCUUAAGGAAUGAUGCGCUGGUAGUUAACACUUGGUUGAUGUAUAUGCUUCUCAAUCAAGUUUGUUCCAUUCUGGUAGUAGACCUGUAAAGGGCUGCUACUGCCUAUUACAAACGUGAAACACCAGUGGUGCUAAAGGUCUUGUGUAACAACAGAGGAACAAUUUAGCUAGUGCGUCCACCCUUAGCAGAUGUUUCUAGUUUGGAAAUUAUUUGUGUCAGCUUUAAACUACCUUGAAACUGAUGACAAAAUAAGGCCACACUGGUGGGCUUCAAGUUUGUUCAUAAGCAUUUAAAACCAGUCUGAAAGAGUCAGAAGAUGCUAACAUUUUAGCUGCAGAGCAGUCUUGCAUGCUGUAAUGUUUUAUUUCUAUUGCAUUUUUACGUGCUUUUGAGUAAUUUAUGUGGAAGCUGAACUGAUUAAAUUGCUGCCAUAUUAGAUAGAUUGUAGGGCAAGGUGCAAGCGAGUGUAAAUUUGUGAAGCUCAGAUGAUUUAUCCUCACAUAGAAACAAAAUCUAGUUAUAUAUACAUUUAAAGUAUCUCUUCAAUUUGCAAACAUAGCAGAACAAAGUAUCAGCAGCCUUACAUCAAUGUAUCCAUCACAUACAAAAAACUGCACGGAACUUGAUGUAGCCAGAGGAUGCUUUGAGCCAUUGUAGAAGAGGGUCCCCUCACAGCCACCUGUACCUCCCCAAAAUCUGCUAGUGAAGGUUAGGGGACCCUUCAGAACUAGGGGGUAGACACAAGGGGGGCUUGCAGAAGAAAAUCAGUAAGACCACCUCCCCCAUCCACCCUCCUGCAGUAGGUAUGUCUGACAGAUCUCAGUCCCUUCCGCAAAUGGGACGUGUUCUGUUUAUAGAAGGGCAGCUCUGGAUCCACACUCAAAAAUUAUUGUCAAGUGCUUGAAAAAGUUAAUAUACCUUACCAGCUUGUGCUGAAGAUGUAAUGUACGUAGAAGAAUGCAAACAAAUAAAGAACAGUAUCUCAACCUAAUGUGAUUUUUACGUUUCUUCACACAAGAUAUACACACUGCAUGUAGAGGAAUUAAGAAUUAUGCAAAAAUUCAUUUUCAUCCAAUAUACUAUUGCAAAAACUCACCUGGCUAAACCUUCGCAGUUGAGCUCUUCGUCUGCAUAGUAAAAAGGGCUAAGAAAAUUCACUAGUGGGGGUAGAGGGAGGUGUGGAGGGUUUCAUAUAGUUUAUACCAUCAAUGUUUGGUCAUAUCUCUUUUUGUGGGAUAAAAUAUUUGCAUUUAUGGGGAACAUUUUAUUCCUCUCCUUUGCCUUAGAGCUGACCAAGGCAACCCUCUUGCUUUUAACCCCUCUGAUUAAGAGAUAAAAUAGAAAAUGGGAGACCGAUAUGUAUACUAAACACAAAUGGGGAAAAGUAAAAGGAAUUUGAAAUACGCUAUUUAUCCAGAGUCUAAUAAUGUUCAGUUCCCUGCUGAUGCUCUUUUUAAGAGGCCGAAGCAGCCAUAGCUUAUGGUAGCCCUGUAAGCUGCACUUGAAACACAAGUCCUCAAGAAGUUUGGGCAGAAGAGAC